AUGGCCUGGGACCUUGAGGGCCUGAUAGCGGGCCUUUUGGUGCAUAUUUCAUGUGCUGGCGAGCAAGGCUGUUCUGUGGAGGAUUUCCUCAAGGCUGUGCAGGAUACUUUAUCUGGGGGCCCAGCGAGCUAUCGCCAAACCCUUGAACAAAAUGCCCAACCUCCACAAGAUGAGGAGGCAUUGAAUCUUCGCGCCGCCUCUUCUGUGUGGGGCUGGCUCACUCAAAGACAGGAUGUGUCAGUGGGACCAGAGCGAAAAUACAACCAUAUGACUCUGGAUCAGGUUAUGGUUCUCGCGAAGCUUUCGGAUCCAGACUCAAGUGACGAUCCAGACAACUCACGAGAACCAACAAAACAGAAGAAAACGUCUAAAAAAUCACAAGAGGGCCAAUCUAGUCGACACAAACUACCAGCUUCCCCACAGGCUCCCAAUGAUCUCCGACUUUUUGCUUCUGAGGAAACUGUAUGGGAAGCACUUGCUGGCCAUGGGCCCGACUAUAAACGACUUCCUCGAUCCGAAUGGGUCCUUCUUUUGGGAAUUGCGUCUACAAAGACGGACGGAAUUUUGCAGGGUGACCUUGGAAGGCUUGUCGACCAAGACAAGCGAUCCGUGCCUAAACGAACUGACAUGCUUCUCAAGAAAGGCUACAUCACCAAACGGACCACCCUAGUUAGAGGGACAAAGACCAGCAAGAUGUGGCUCCGGCUGUUUGCGCCACCGCUGGUUAAGGAGGGUGCGGAUACGGAGGAGCCAAAAGCCGACGACCUGGUUCUUGCGCCUCAGUUUCUAACGGCGAACCUAGAUCCUGUUCCUUGGCAUAACCGCUGGACUGGAGAGUCUGUCGACUACAUUGCUUUGGCGACGACAAUCAUGGCCAUCGCAAAGGAAUGGGGCGUUAUGCGCCUCCUCGACCUGAAGUCUAAACUAGGCGUGCUCCGCCUGCGCUGGCAAAUGAAAGUAGUGUCCAAGAUUUGUAGGUUCCUUAACUCCAGAGGCGUGAUUCAAUAUGUCGCCGCUCGCCUUCACUCAAAGGUGUUCAAAGACUGCAUCAAGUAUAUCAGGGACUUAAACUCCCACGAUUGGUCACUGUACCUUGCUACUGGCAAACGAGAAGCCAAAUCUAGUAGGAUAUUAGAGGCUGGGCUGCAAGAUCCUGCUGAUGGACCUGAUUUGACGAUGGGGCUUUACAUCAACUCCCCUUUGCUGACCUCGUACCCUCCGUGGACAUGGGACGAGCCCUUAGCUAGCUACGUGCUGAAGACAGCGCGCACGCUGAAUGAGACAGGGGUUACGAAUCCUGUUAUCUAUAGUCUCACUCUGGGCUCAACAUUCACCCGUUUUCUGUCGACUCUGACCUCAUCCAUGGCUACUGCAACAGUGCAACCUCAUGGCCUAAAACAUCUCCAACUCUCAAGCGAGACUGUCCGAAGUGGUAAAGUUGCUUCAUAUCGAUACUUUGUGGCCUCAGCACCGACUGCGGACGAUCCUACUGGAAGCCGUAGCCUUCAAGACUCGCACUCAUCCCCGAGCGAUUCUUACGGCUUUGUGAAGUAUGCCCCUCCAACCAGCGGCAUGGAUUCAUCGUCAUCUCUUUCGAAGCUAUGUGGUCGAGGUUCGAGUAAAAUCCGCGGCAGAGGAAGGCCAAAGGCGCAUAAGCUUGUAGUAUCUACUCGCUCCGACUCUAUGCAGCCCACAGGUUUGCAGACUCCUGUGGCUGAAGAAACAGCCAUGCUGUUGGAUACGCCUUUAAGCGAAUCACGACCUGCUUCGCCUGAAGCGCAGACAGAGUCUCCAAGUCGGCAGCCGCACAAUGAGCCAAUUGACGAGUCAUUAUCCGUUGAUGUUGGGUCGGUUGUUACACUGAACGAUGAUCGAAAACCAGAUCUACCAAUUGCUGUUGAAGAUAUCGCUACUCCCAAAGCUUCCUCAGCAGAGAACCUCAAUACUCCGGCAGUAUCGGACCAUCUGGCGGAGGAACGUAUUGAGGAAACAGAAAAUGUCGACACUCCUGCUGACAACAUGGAAAUUGAUCAACAAGAGUCUGUAGAUAUUGUCCCGGGAGGGGAGGAUAUUGCAGCGGCUGAGAAUACUGGCGGAUCACCAGCUGCUGGUUCUGGGCGCGGACGUGGAAGAUCCUCUCGGGGAGGACGCGGCCGAGGCAGUGGACGUGGCCGUGGAAGAGGAGGAUCCAAUGCAGCUGGCGGUAGCGCUGCUGGCAAACCGUAUAAGUGUGAGAAAUGCGGCGGUGCUUGGAAGAAUGACCUGGGCCUUAAGUAUCAUCUGGAGAAGGCUCGAACUACUUGCAAUCCUUCAUGGGACCCGUCAUUAGUUGUGCCAAAGCCCCUCAAACCACCAAAACGAGGGAAGCGGGAAGUGGAGAAGCUCUUGGACGCACAAAGCGGCCCAGAAUCUUCAGAGAAAGAGCCUGAGGUGGAGGGCCCAGUGCCCUCGCUGAAUGGUGAAGAGUCCAAUGCACCGGGUACGGUCGGCCGACGGAAGCGAACAGCCAGAGCAAAAGAAACUUUGGACGACACGAAAACCAGAGGAAAGGAUGCUAAGGGGAUAUACUCCCUAAAGGUGACUAGACCACGCAAAUCCCAACCAUCCAGACCAGAGACCACCGCGGCCCUUUCUGCUCCUCAGACUGGUCAAGGGUUACUGAUUGAUAUCACAUCCAAUCAAACCCGCCAGAUAUCUGAUUUUGUCCCUGGCCGAAAUGAUGCUCAACUGAACUCCACGGAGCCCGUCUUAAUUGAUGACCAGCUACUGAUAGACCCAUCAUCGUUGGGCGGUUCAGAAGGGUUUGGUGCUGACGUGAUUGGGGCUGGCUUGGAAAUCCUCCCUCAAUCCCUGAAAACUGAGAUUGACGAGCAGAUGAGCCAGACCCAGGAGGAAGAAGGCCCGUCUAUUAUUUCACUUGGUCAAGCGUCUCCUAGUCGAGAAAGAAAGGUGCCGGAAAAAACUAAAAAGCCUGCAUCCAGGGCAGAACGAGUCCGGCGGAUUAAAACCAUGUUGAGUACGCUCCUGACGGAUAAUAAUGGGGUCUUCCCAGGAGGAGAGUCCCUUUGGCGUUCCCUAACAAUGCUCUGGGUAAAGGAUUACCAUGGCGAACCUCCACCGUCCUCGAAAGACUAUCAGGGGGCUCUGAAGUCCUUGAUUACCCGGAAAGUUGUCGCAGAGCAGCAUCACGUUUUUCGAGCCCGUCAAGGCUUAUUUGCGAAGUGCCAAGUUGUUUCUUGGCCAGACAUGGAUCCAUUCAGCUCGCAAGCCCUCGAGUUGGUGGAAAAGGUCAAAGCCGCUCACCCUAAGCCUUAUUAUCCACCAACAUCAGUGGCGGCUGAGAAUCCUGAGUCACGCGACGAUGCAGAUGUUCGGCAUAGCCGGAGACCCUUGCCUGUGGAGAUCUCAACUCUGGAUGCGCCAGUCUACGCCGCUCAAGCUGCUGCAAAGAGAGAGUUGGAAGAGGCCAAUGAGACACCCCGCCAAUAUAAAAGACGGCGAAAAACUCAGCCCUCAAGGCCGUUUAAGAAUGAUGUCAAAGACUCUAUGACUUGGGUCAUCGCCGGUGAGUUGUCAGACUCAUUCCCAAUGGCGCACGAUGGCCCUAUCCAAUUCCUUGACCCAAAUACCUUUAUGGAAGAGGAGCCACCAGCGUACUCGGCGCAGAAAAUUGCUACACAGCAAAGAUCGAAACGUCCAUACAAGCGGCGAACGAGACCAUCACCUUCUCAGGAUGACCUACUUCUUGAUCCUGCACUGAUACCUCCUGUGGACAUCAAGCCCAUAAAGAUGUUGAUUUGUGGGGAAAAUCUCGAAUGGCCCGAUGUUUUAGUGAAAGACUUUGAGGAGGACUGCAGCUUUUCACUCCAAGGAUGGAUGCCAACGAAACAAUGGUUUGUGUGGGAAUGCUUCGGAGAGGAGAUCCAAAAGAGAGCCUUGAGCCGACUUCAAGCAAAGGCCGCUAGGGGAAUUCCCGCCAACACCCCGUAUCUGAAGCUAAUCAACAUGUUGCAAGCUGCUGUCAAUGCUGAGAGUGCUUGGAUGUCGGGAUUUCUGACGACAUCUAUCUCGCAUAUGCCGCUCAAGAUAUUUAUCAAUUUUGCUGGCAAAAUGGAACAGAGCAUCACGAUCCCUACCCAGAUUUCCUGGCCCGAAGAUGGUCAGCUUACACUCGAACACCCUGGGAGUGAGAAUGCUGGUUCCGAUUCAUCGGAGUCGUCAUCAUGGAGUGAGGAUGAAACGGAAAUUGCAGCCGCGCCCUUAUUCAAAAGGCGAAAAUUACUAUACAGUCCAAGGAAAUACACUAGGCGAGGGCUCGAACCUAUAAAGAGGGUGCCACUUGCCUCUCGUGCUCUAACAGCUCUUCCAGAGCAACACCUGAGAGAUAAAUUCGAGGAUGGAACAAACAAGACUCGUGAUAUCGAGGACCCAGAUGAAGUCCUGGCAGCUAUAGUAGCCGUUCGAGCCUUGCUUGGUGGGACAGAUAAAUCCAUUGACUGGGGUCUGUUGGUCAAGAUUUUCCCCGACAUUAGCUUGGAAGUUCUUCGCAGAUUCUGGGUCAAGGCUGUCAAGUCACAGGGACCAUACAUUGAAAAAUAUGCGAGUAUCUUUCAUGAGAAGUUUCUCGAGGCAUAUGAAGCAGAUGAGCUCGCGCCAAUUGACUAUGACAAUCUUCUUGAUUAUGACUGGGCUGCCCUGGUUCGGUGGACGAUGGACCUUCCAGCCCCAGACAUGAUCGAGAUGCCCGAGACUCGAGAAGAGCUGCAACGCCAUUUCAAUCUUCAGGAUGUGAAACGACCUGCUGAGGAUUGGAGAGAAAGGUUCUUCCAUGUUCAAGGGUCAAUUUAUGGCCGUUUGGAGGCGGCUACCAUGGACCCAGGUGUUAUCAGCCUUGAUGAGCUAUCGCGGGAUGAAUCCAAGAGAACGAAGUUGAGUCUUAUGACAGUGGCCAGGUCUUGGGUCAAAUCACUCUGUUGCACGAACGGUAGAUACACACCGGCGCAGAUCAAAGACCAGCUACUUACCCUCGGGAAGAAGGAAGCGGCUGCCAAAGUUGCCUCUGUCCUCCGGCGGGCCAUAGAACAACUGACAGUACUACGAGUUAUCCGCAAGAGUCGACGCCCCCCCCUUGGCGGUAGGCCGUAUCAACUCACCGAGUGGUAUAUUACCAACAUGGCUAAGCUCUCCCAACGCUCCAAAUUUGAAAAGGCUCUCGCAUUCAAACUGAAACUGGACGAUGCUUAUCGCCGCGGAGAGACGUUGACAAUCCCCUACACCGUUAAUGACGGAACUAUGAUGGCGUUGGCCAACAUGAGUGCCCACGGCCGCAUCAGGCUCUCCUCCACCAACAUCCCCGAGAUUCCCUUUGGGUUUGAGCCAGGGAACUACGAGAGUCGAAAAUUCCCCAAAUCCUACUACCACUUUGAAGUCGCGGCAGAACCGACCGACACCUAUCUCUGCAACGAGGAUAUUGAGGCACUUGGUACUGUAGUCGGCGAGGAGCCACCGGCUCAGGGCGAGGAUAGUGAGCUCCCGCAAUGGAGGGACUUCUUCGGGGUCUGCGACCAUGAGAGGUGGUUCGAUGUGCUUGGGGCGCUGUGCUUUGCCUACUCGACGAGGGGCGAGAUGACCCUCGAGGGAAUUUGCAGCGCCAUGAAGCCAGUCCUGGAGGAGUUCGAGGCUCAGAUGGUGCUCGGCUGGGGGGUGAGGACCGGCGUCCUUAGGGAAGGGGCCACUGGGGAGGGCGUGACAGUUGGCGAGUGGUGGUGGCUGGCAGUUCCAUGGGCGCGGCACUGCGCGAGGGACGAAGAGGAGGACAACGGAGAGCUGAUUGCUGACGGAGGUUUUCCUUCUUGA